UUUGAUGAUAAUUUUAUGGUUUCUAAAUCUUUCAGUCGACAGCAAAGAGCCACAUAUAGGAACUUAUGCUUGUUUCUUUGGGAGCUUUGUAAUUUUGUGAGCACAUUUCAGCUUUCAAUGGUGAUCAUUGAAGAAGCCUCUUAUUCAUCUCCUUCUUCCACCCGUCCAUGGAAAUACGAUGUCUUUUUGAGUUUUAGAGGUGAGGAUACACGCAAUAAUUUCACAGGACAUCUGUGCAGCGCUUUGCGUCAGAAGGGAAUCAACACCUUCAUGGAUGAUGAGCUCAGAAGAGGAGAAGAUAUAUCAACAGCGCUUCUCCAAGCAAUCGAAGAGUCGAAGAUUUCAAUCAUUGUGUUCUCUGAAAACUAUGCAUCCUCCAAGUGGUGCUUGGAUGAACUUGUCAAGAUCCUCGACUGCAGGGAAUCAUAUGAACAAAAGGUUCGCCCAGUUUUCUACAAAGUCGAUCCCUCGGAUAUACGAAAUCACAGAGGUAGCUUUGGGGAAGCACUUGCUAAUUAUGAAUCCAAAUUCAAGGAGAAGGUCCAGAUAUGGAAGGCAGCUCUUAAAGAAGCGGCAAAUUUGUCAGGGUGGACUCUCUCAGAGCAUCAUUCGGAAUCCAGUUUUAUUCAUGACAUCGUUGGAGAGAUUUCAAAGGAAGUCAUAAACCAUACAUAUUUGGAUGUGGCCAAGUACCCAGUUGGAAUAAAACGUCGUGUGCAAGAGAUCCAUGAGCUUUUAUAUGUCGAGGGAAGAGACGUUCAUAUGGUAGGGAUAUGGGGGGCUGGUGGAAUUGGUAAGACAACAAAUGCUAAAGCUGUCUAUAACUCAAUUGCUCCUAAAUUUGAAGGGAUUUGUUUUCUGGACAAUGUUCGAGGAAAUUCAAUGGGUGCCAAAGGCCUUGUCAAACUACAAAAGACACUUCUUCGUGAGAUUCUAAAGGAAACAAAAUUGAAGGUGGCCAAUGUAGCUAGAGGAAUCACUAUGAUCAAGGAAAGGUUGCAGUACAAAAGAGUUCUUUUAGUUCUUGAUGAUGUGGAUGACAUGGAUCAGUUAAACAAGUUGGCGGGUGACCCUAGUUGGUUUGGUAUGGGUAGUAAAAUCAUCAUAACAACAAGGGAUAAGAAAUUGCUGAGAGGUCAUUGUGUUAAGUUGAUAUACGAGGUCAAGGAAUUGGACCAUGCUGAAGCUCUCGACCUUUUCAAUAUGAAUGCCUUUAAAAGAAGUCAACCUUCAGAUGGUUAUGUAGAACUCACAGAACGUGCAAUAAGCUAUGCUCAAGGCCUUCCAUUGGCUUUGAAUAUUAUAGGUUCUUCUCUUUGCAAUGAAAAUGUAGAGCUAUGGCAAGCUACAUUGGAUGGUUUCAAAAGCAGCAAAAUUCAAGAUAUUUUAAAACAAAGUUACGAUGGAAUGGAUGAGAGAGAAGUGAAGGAAGCUUUUCUUGACAUUGCAUGUUUCUUUAAAGGUGAAGAGAGAGCACAUGUGAUAAAAAUACUAGAAGCUUGUGGCUACAACCCAGAGUAUGUUAUCAAUGUGCUCAUAGAAAAGGCCCUCAUCGGUAUCGAUUGUUAUGAUUGCAUCUGGAUACAUGACUUGGUAGAAGAUAUGGGUAGAGAUAUAGUCCGCCAACAGUCGCCUAAUGAUGCUGGAAACCGUAGCAGGUUGUGGUAUCAUAAAGAUGUUUACCAUGUUCUAACAGAGAAUACUGGAACAACCAAUGUUAUAGGCAUCAAGGUGGAGUUGCCUGAAGAUUCAGAUGUGAUAUGUUUAAGUAGUACCACUUUCUCCAACAUGCGAAAUCUUAGACUUUUCAUACACCGUGCUGGACGUUAUUCUGGAUUUGUUGAUAAUUUGCCAAAUAGCUUAAGGGUAGUUGAUUGGCUCGACUGUGACUUACAAUUUUUGCCAUCCAAUUCAAUUCCAAGAGAACUUGCUCUAAUCAAUAUGCCUAGGAGUCGCAUCACAGUAUUGGGAGAUGGAUUCAAGCAUCUAAUAAAUCUGACAUCAAUAGAUUUAGAAGAUUGUCAGUACCUAACAAAAGUCUCGGACAUAUCUGGAAGCCCAAACUUACAACGUUUGAAUCUUGAUCAUUGUAAAAAUUUAGUUGAAGUGCAUCAUUCUGUUGGAUUCCUCGAGAAACUUAAUUAUUUGAGUCUUUGGAACUCCCCUAAGCUUGAGACUUUUCCCACAGAAGUCAGUUGGAAAUCCAUGAGGGAGCUUCUGCUUCGCUCUUGUAAAAGGCUCGAGAGUUUCAUAAUCAUUGUGCACAAGAUGGAGUCCAUUACAUAUAUGACUCUAAGGGGAAGUGGCAUAAAAGAACUGCAUUCAUGGAUUGGAUGUUGCACUUCCUUGGAAAUUUUGGAUUUGGGUGGAACUCCAAUCAAACAACUGCCUUCAACGAUUGAAAAUCUUACUUCUUUAAGAGAAUUGAAGCUGUCAGAAAUUCCCAUUAAAGAACUGCCUUCAUCGAUUGGGUACUUCACUUCCUUGGAGGAACUGGACGUGUCUGGGACUCUUAUUGAAGAAUUGCCUUCAUCAAUUGAAAAUCUUACUUCCUUAACAAAAUUGAAGUUGUCUAAAACUUCCAUUAAAGGAUUGCCAUCAUCAAUUUGGUAUCUCACUUCCUUGGAGGAAUUGGACGUGUCUGGAACUCUCAUCGAAGAAUUGCCUUCAUCAAUUGAGUAUCUCACUUCUUUAAGAGAAUUGAAGCUGUCUAAGACUCGCAUCAAAGAAUUGCCUUUAUCAAUUGGGUGUCUCACUUCUUUAACAGGAUUGGACGCCUCUGAAAGUCUCAUUGAAGAAUUGCCUUCGUCAAUUGAACAUCUUACUUCUUUAACAGAAUUGAAGCUGUCUAAAACUCCCAUUAAAGAACUGCCUUCAUCAAUUGGUUUUCUCACUUCAUUGCGGGAAUUGGAUGCUUCUGAAACUCUCAUUGAAGAAUUGCCUUCGUCAAUUGGAAAUCUCAUUGGCCUUGAUGAGUUAGCACUAAAAGGAUGUGCAAACCUUACAAAUGUGCCGCACAGUGUUUACGGAGGGCUGCAACAGCUACGAUUUCUAGACCUCUCUUGGUGCCCAAAACUGGUGACAUUUCCAAGUAGGGCGAGCGCUUUGGUUUCAUCUAGUGCAGAAUCUCUUCCUUUGAUGCUUCCAACUAAUUCAAACAAUGGGCAUGAUCAUCCUGGUUCAUUAUUGUUUCCCCAGCUACUGCGUCUUGAUUUUGAAGGAUGCAAAUUAUCAGUCUCUGAUUUCCUAACGAAUCUUGACUGUGUGUCCACAUUACAGAGACUUAAUUUACUUGGAAGCAGUUUUGAUAGUCUCCCAGCUUGCAUCAGCAAAUUUCGUCAGUUGAAAUCUCUUGAUUUAAGUGGUUGCAAGAUGCUUAGAGACAUUUCAGAACUUCCACCAAAUAUAGCAUAUAUAAAUCUGGAUGAUUGCGUAUGGUUGGAAAGAUUUUCUAAUUUGUCAAAUAAACUGGAACAGAAAGGCACUCCGGUACUUCCUCACAGGAUGGACUUGUCUAAUUGCCAUACACUGGUAGAUAAUCUUGGCAUAGACAUGGUGUCGAAGAUGGCAAAAGCAUUACUGAAUGAGAUGGUGUAUGACGCCUCAUAUCGGAACGGGAAGUACUGGAAUAUUAUAAUUCCAAGUCUCCUGGGAAUUGAAGUUCCAAAGUGGUUUGACAGGGGUGAGGUGGACACAAGGGUGCCUUGUGGUCAUGAAACUUGUGAUAAAUGUGAAAUUUUGAUAAAAAUCCCUAGGAAUUUGACGGGUGAGAGAAUAGGAUUGGUUGUCUGUGUUGUUUUUGAAAUUACCAAAGAUUUUUCCCGUGAUUAUUGUGGUUGUGCUGUGACUGUUGUGAUUGAUAAAAAAAAGGAUCAUGACAGUGUUUGCCCUUAUUAUGACCCAAAAAAGAGAAAAGCGACAGAGUCAUCAGCUCAUGAUCAUGUAUACGUGUGGCUGACAUGUAUUGAUUUCAAGGAGCUACAGGUGGUGGAUCAUGUGGUUCGAGUGAUUUUUGACUCAGAUGGCAAAGGGUUGCUCCUAAAAGGUUUAGGGGUCCACCUGGCUAAUAUGAAUAUGAAAGCGGAUCAUGCAAAUGGUGAAGACUUGGCACGAGAAAGAUGUAGGCAGAGCAUUUCUGAUCAGGUGGCUUUGGACGCAGAAGGGGCAGCUGUAGCAUCAUUAGUAUCAGAUGACACCAAUUCUGGGGAAGUGCAUGAUGAUCAUCAUGAUGGGGAGCAAGAUCAAGAUCAAGAACAAGAACAGGAACCUCAUCUUCCAACCAAAAGAUUUGAAAACUUGGCAAGACAAACAAAUAUAGGCAGAGCAGUGUCAGCAUUUUUGAGGUGCUUUGGAAUUACCUGCUUGUGAUUUUGGUCACGCACAAGGUGCAGCUAGCUCUAGUAUCAUCAACAAGUACCAAUCGAGUCCUUGAAGUACACUAUGAUCAUUAAUAUUUGGAUUCCAGAAGAAGCCUUUCUUUUGCCGAAGUUGAUAUCCAAGGAUGACGGUUGAUGGUGAUAGGCAGAGGCACCAAUUAAUCUGGACUAGCAUGUGAUGGUCAUCUCUCGAUCAAUCCACACGAACAAGGCUGGGUUUGUUCUUCAAUUUCAAUUUGUGUUCGCUUAUUAGUUGUCUGAUUUUUUUAUUUAUUUUUUAUUUUUAACUAUAGGCGUUUAAUUUUUCCUUUUUGCUGGAUUUUUAUUCCCCUCUGUUUAUCGAGUGACAGUGAUGCAAUGCUAUACAUAUCUUCAAACACUGACAGUG